AAGAUGGCUGCUCGCUCGUUUCUCCUACGACCACGUCGUCAUAUGGUUGUCUUAGUUGUGUUGUUCUGCUGUGUGAAUAUUAUCACCAAUCAAACUUGCUCCAAAAUCGAACCUUUCUCAUACGUUCCAUGCUACGCGGAUUUUAACGUCAGUAAACUGGACUUGUAUAACGUCAGCAAGUUCAAUUUUUUUCAAUGCGCAACGGAUUGCGCAAACACCCGGAAUUGUUGGUCGUUUCUUUACAACAGCCGCCAUCAUACAUGUGCGUCGUAUCGUCUAAAACCCACAGAUACCAGUCUAUUUCCUGAAGGAAAAUAUUAUCUGAAGUAUGAAACAGAAGAUGACUGCGGUUCUUCGCCGAAACCGGAACCAGAAUGUUACCUUAUCAACGAGACGUAUGCUGGGAGAAAGAUGACGACACAAUCCGGUAUAACGUGUCAGAGGUGGGAUCAGGACUCUCCUCAUCGUCAGUUAUACCAGAACGUGGACAGGUUUCCGGAAGCGACGCUAUCUGCCGCAGAAAACUUAUGUCGAAGUCUCGAUAAUCCGGGAGACCCCUGGUGUUACACAGUGGAUCGAAACAUAAGAUGGAUGAGCUGUGGAAUUCCUAUUUGCUGAAACGGAAAGACGUCCGAACGUUCCAGCAUGCAUGCUAAUUCUGAAACUAACCUUAACCCUAAACCUAAGCCUGAAUGAACUGAAUCUAGGCAGACAUUCGAUCUGUUGCAGAAGAAAAGUUUAAAGUUUGUUUUAUUUAACGACAUCACUAGAGCACACUGAUCUAUUAAUCAUCGGCCAUGGGAUGUCAAACAUUUGGUAAUUUUGGCAUAUAGUCUUAGAGAGGAAACCCGCUAUAUUUUUUCAUUUGUAGCCCAGGGAUCUUUUAUAUAUGCAAUAUCCCAGACAGGAUAGCACAUACCACGGUCUUUGAUAUACCCUACAAAAUGGUCUGUUUAAAAUCUGGGGCAGGACGUAACUCGGUGGUAAAGCUCUCGCCUGAUGCGCGGUCGGUCUUGGAUCGAUCCCAGUCGGUGGGCCCAUUGGCCUAUAUUUCGUUUCAGCCACAACUAGUGUAACAAAGGCCGUGGUAUGUGCUAUGCUGUCUGUGGGAUGCUUCUUUCUUUCUUUCUUUUUAACUGAUUGCUAUUUUCAAAUUUCUGCCCAGUUUCAACUCUAAAUUAUAUGUGUGGUCCAUAACCACAUGUCCGAUGCCAUAUAACCGUUGUCGUAAUUAAAAUGUGUUGAGUGCGUCGUUAAAUAACACACGCUUUCCUUCCUUCUGUUUAAAAUCUGUCAGUGUUUUUGCCAGAAAGAAAUUUUUGGGUAUGGCGCUAUGGAAUUGAAUGCAACCACAGUCAAUUGGGGGGUAUUGGGCGUCUCCCCCAGAAAGAAAUGGAUUAAGUUUAGGGUCAGGUUUAAGAAAAUCAUGCUGUAAUGAUAAGAAUAAUUAAUGUUGUCAAAAGGUUAACUUUAAAAAAAAAAAUCUGCAAAAAUAUUUGGAUAUGGCGCCAUACCCAUUUUACCCUCUAGCAGAAACCCUGUUGA